AUUAUUUUUCAUUCGGGUGGUGAUAGCUGAUCAAAUAUGAACGACCCUGGUACUUUUACGGUUACCAAAACAACGGUUAGAAGAAGAACGUCGAUAAAUAGAUACGCGGGGUUCAAAACUUUCAUAUGCGCCCUUUUUAUUUUUUUAGUCGUACUGAUUCUGAUAUCUUCGUUACUGUUUGCUUUCAAAUUCUAUAAAAAAAUUAGUGACAACGAGCAGGAUACAUUUCACAAUAAAAACAUAUUUGGAAAUACUACGAGUGACAAUCCUGACAUUCAAGACAUUUCGACAAUUCAUUCUAUGAAAAAUUAUUCGGACCUACAAACAAUCGCAGACUUCGGUAGCUCAGAACUAUUCGAAACAGCUACAGAAACUGUAGAUGAAGUCGUUUACGGAAUUGAAUCACAAGAAAAUGAAGAUAUCACAGUAUCACCGAAGAAUCCUAGUACCAUAUUCCAAAUAAUCACUAAUAACGACGCAAAAUCAGUACCAAGCACUGAAAUCAUCAAUUUUGAAACCACUACUGACAUCCCGCCGCCUCCAAUUGAUCCAAAUACCUCGGAGGUUAUUUCAAUAUCGACCGAUACACUUAAUUCAACGAUUUUCACGGCAAAUACUGCAGUUCCCCCUGUUGUUAACGUAUCACAACCCCCCAUAUCGAGAGGUUAUUUCGGUUUCAACUUCAAACCAGCGGCUAAAAUAGUCAACAAACAACUUCCUGCUGCACCAGGACUUACGAUUCGAACCGUGAAUGAUCCGCCGGCGUGUUUGGAACCUGUUUGUAAACGAUCUGCCUCGUCCAUGUUGGCUAUGAAGAGCCACGCCAAUCAACUGAACUAUUGUGAAGACUACUAUUCCGCGAUAUGUCAUAACCCACAACUAGAUAACCCUGAAAAAUUUUUCAAAAAUAGCCUAAGAAGCAUUCAAAAAAGUAUAAACGCGGCUACGAUCGAUUCCAUUAGAUAUUUUAAUAGUUUUUUCAAGCAGUGUAUUGAUUACGGAUAUUCUAUAAACAGGAUCAGCAGGAUUAGCGGUUUGAAAGGUACUGGUGCCAAUAGCGAUGUGGAAGCUAUAAUUAUUUCGAUUUUAACCCAAUCGAUGCCUUUUUUCGAUGUCGGAAUAAAUAUACUCAAUAAUAAAUUCAUCUUUGAGAUGACGCUACCGGGUUCCAACUAUCUCAAAACGAAUAUAAAAGGAUGGUCUUUGAGAGAACAAUUCCAGGAAAAUUGUAUAGCGGAAAUAGCGAAUGGGGUAUCUCAAAAUGUAGAAUUAGAUAUUUUAUCGAACAAAAUAGACGAUUGCAUUAACGAUCAAAUCACAAGAUAUUUGAAUGACUUUAUGAUGGAAUUAGAGCCUAUCAGUAAACUUCCAGGUAUGAGUUUCCUAGGAGGAGUUCUAACGAAAUUACAAAACAUGAAUCCUUUCCGAGGAUCCAAACUUCAAUCUUUCAAUCCUUUUGGAAGUGGAGGUAAAAAUGGAGGCAAUUCGGCGUCUACUAACACGGGUGAUACUAAGACCGACUUGUCUCUAAUACUACGACAAGUGCAGGAUAGUUGGAUAAUAUAUCGUAAAGCUAAGAAUCCUUCGAUGAAAUUAAAAUUAAUCACCUUGUCAGAUUUAACGAAAAGAUAUAAUUUGGGCAUAGAUUGGACUGACGUUUUUCAAGAAUUAACGCAAAGACCUAUCGGAGGUGAUACUCAAAUAUAUUUUUCUGAACAUCUUGAUCAAAUAUUCAAAAUUAUGAUUAACAACAAAAAUAACCUCAAAGAAAUGUUAGAUUUAUGGUACAACGUCCAAUUUUAUAAAAACAUAGUAAUAGAGAGACAAGUCGGAAAUAGAGUACAGUAUUGUAUGGACCUAGCGGCUCAACUUAUACCGGAAGUAUCAUCUUACGUAAUAUCCGAUUUGAACAAAAAUAGGAAACAAUUAUACGAUUUAGUUGAUGGCGUAUUUGAAGAUAUUAAACAGCGAUUCGAAAAAUCACUUCUUUUAGCUAAUUUUAGUUCUGAUUCUAUCAAAAUAAUGAAAAAUCGAAUAGAUAGUAUUAGUAUAACCAGACCGAUUUUAUCUAGUCCAUUUUCAGGGUUACAAAACGUUGGAUUUUUUGAUUAUUGGUCGAUAUCAGGAACUUAUCAGGAACAAUUGAUUCAAUUGAUUAAACAUUAUAAAAAAAUGUUGUUUGAUCAAGUUUCUACAAAUGUUACGGGGGAUAUACUGUUGAAAUAUUUUGUUUAUGCUUUCGAUACAGUACCAAAAACGUAUCCUCCAAACAGAGAAAUAGUAUACCAGCCGGGAUUUACUGAUGAAAUGGCUGACAAUUUACCAAAUUACGUGAAAUUAGCUAAGCAAGGUUUACCAUUGGCCCAGCAAUUUUCGAAGCAUUUCAUCAGGAACGAUUUUUCCCCAAAACUCGAUAAAAAAGAUGAAUUUAUUUACGACGAAAUGUUGAAGACAUUCGAUACGAAAUAUCUGGUCGACAAAUCUAAAUAUAAAAUUGAAAACAUCGACUGCAUAGUUGAGGACGUGUCUGGAAAAAAUUUCAAAUAUGUAUCAGUGGUAGGGGAUAAUUUGGCUUUUAGAUUAGUAUCUGAUAUGUAUUUGGAAGAUCCUCGUAAGAUACCUUUACCUUUUGCAGACUAUACUCAUAAUGAAACUUUCAUUACGAUGGCUUUACAAGAUUUUUGCAAUGCAAAUAGUUUAGCUGAUUUUAUCGGCGAUUUUUACAAUUUGAAUUUACCAGCUCCAAUAAAAGUGAAAAAUAUGGCUCUAAAUUCCGAAUUAUUCGCUGGAACUUACUCCUGUCCUCCAAGAAAUAGGAAACAAUUCCCGUUCAUCCAACACAAUUAAUUUGUACCAAAACUUAUUGGAUACCCCUCGUAACUAACUUUAUUUCAGCAAAUUACACUAAAAUUGUUUAUAUUUUAUGUCAAAAUAAAUUUUAAAUAAACAUAUUUUCUUUCA